ACGCCCCCUCCCUUUUUUCCCUGUUAGGCAGCCCAGCCCACAGCGCGUGGUUGCGCAGCAACGCGGCACGCGGGAGGUAGCGGCCGGCCCCGGCCCUGGCGGGCCCCGGCCCUGAGGGAGCGCCUGGCCCGCAGCCCCUCAGCGCCGCGGCGUCCUCCGGCGGGGCGGGGCGGGGCGGGGCGGGGGGCCGAGGCGAGGCCGGCGGGCUGGCUGGCUGGCUGCUGGGGCGGGAGCGCAGGGGCGAGCUGCAGGGCGCCUCAGCGCCGAAAUACCCCAUAAAGUGUUAAAAUGGCGCGGCUGCCCGGGCAGAUGUUCUCUGAGCGGUAUCACCGAAGCAGCAGCCCGGAUUCGGUCCCCGCGGUUUGAGAACGGCAGGAGCGCCGCGAGCGGCUGUGAGGGCGUGUGGGGGCCCAGCCUCCCAGGCGGUGCGUCUGCGAGCUCCCAGGGCAAGGGUCGGAGGAAACCUGCCGACUUCUCACGGAGAAGGAGUUGCACCCAGUACACGCUGCAUACCUUCUGGGAGAUCGAGAUGAUCCUGGAAAAAGCAGGCAAACAAUAAUGGAGAAAGUAGCCAGACAAUCAGGGGGGUCCUUUCAAGCGACCGCCCCUGCUGCUUCUGAAAAGGCAAGCUCCGUGUCCAUCUCACGCGUCCAGUGUUGUCGCACAGUUAAUAAAGAUCCCUGUGGCUCUCUGCUGCCAAGAUGUCCAGUAUCACACUUUCCUGUUUGUGCAUGGAACCCAGAUUCCCCUUGUAUGCCCUCGGUAUCCUCAGCAAAAUGGAAUUUCAUUGAUUCAUCCCCAGAGGUUUCCAGUUUCAUGAGGGGGGCUCGUGUGUUGGCAAGGAGAGAAGCUGAUGGCUAUUACUACCUGGGCCACAUUGCCCAAGAGGUGAAGGGCUCCAGGGAACACUUUUUAAUUGAGUUCGAUAAAAGCCGCCCUCUGAAAGGCAAGGUACAGCUUCGCAUGCAGGAAACGCCUCUCUACGACAUUCUCCACUACGAAGAUGCCAGGCAACAGCCUCUUGCUCCAGGAGACAGUGUGUUGGCACCAUGGGAGGAUAAAGCUGAACGUUUUGGCCCAGGCACUGUGCUAAAGGUUAUGGAGAACAAGGAGGCACAUUUAGUGUGCACGGCACACAACAGAAGGGGAGUGCUUGUGAAUUUCUGGAAUGGGCAGACUAAGGAGGUGACUUCUGACCAAGCUCUGCGGAUCCCUCUGCCCUUAAGCGAACGCAUCACCCUGGAACUGCAGAUGCCUUCAGCAGCCAGGCAGAUGGUGGUAGAUUCAAGCUUGGAUUACCCAUACAUUGUCACACCGGGUUAUAGAGCCUCAGGCCAUUACAGGCAGGGUCACUCAGACCUGGACUACUGGCCAAGGGGUCUGUAUUCAACUCAGCCAUGUGCCAAGUGCAGCUGUAGGUGUACCUCUCUUCCCCGUAGCUGCCUUGCAGCCCAGGCACCCACACGGCCUGCAGGGUGCAAAGUGCAGCAGGAGGAUACCUUCAUCCCAGGAACAAGCUUGGCUAAAGAAGAACUCAGCAAGAAAAUAGAAGAGCAACUGUCUGAAGUGAGGAUUUCAUUUUCAGAAAGUGUUUCCAGAGAGGAACAGAAAAAGGAAGAUAAGAGAUUGAAGACAGAAAAUGUUCCAAAAGGUGUUCAGUCUUAUUUGGAAGAGGACAAUGAGGCUGUAGAACCUAAGAAGAGUCCUCAGAGGGAGAUGGCUCAUGCUAUGGUCGAUGCUGCUGUCAACACAGACAGCUGGUUAAAGGAGACAGUCCACAAGGAAGAAGCAGGCAGCAGGCAGCAGGACGCUGAAACUGAGGCUAAUGUUAAACACCAACAUGGUCUUUUCAAGUCCAGAGUGGCAGAAGCUCCAAUCCAGCAUUCCCAAAGGAGCCCUUCCCUGGGAACCAGUGCUUUGGUUCCUUUCAGGCGACAAAGCUUCUUUGAUCAAGUGAAUCAAUCUCUAGAGAAAGACAGCCUGACCAUCAGAUCAGCUCUACGGGUACAGAGACCGCACAGUACCUCCAAUGCACAGGCUAGGAGAUCCACAAACUUCCUAAGUCUUCUGAAAGACAAAAGCAUUACAAAAUCAAUCCUUAAUGGUACAUCUCAGGCAAGAUGGAGAGAGAUGGACUUCAACAGAGCCAAGACUGAGCACAAAAGGGGGCAAGAGGAACAGAGGCAGCUGAAGAGGGAGCAGCAGCAAGAGGCUGGUGGCACCCGAUGCCAGCUGUGCGGGGACAACCAAAGGCAGCAAUUGCGUCAGAGAACACUGCAAGGGCCAGAGAAACAGCUGGAGCACAAAGACAGAGCUUUGCAGCACAUGGGACUGCUCCAGGCUGCUGAGGCAGAGAGGAGCAGGAGGGAAUCCUUCAUGCCAGAGAGGGAGAAGAGGAAGGCAAGUCAGAGGCGGCAGUUCUUAAAGGCACAGCGACCGCUGAGAGAGGAGUUGCAGGCUGAACGCAAUGAAAGGAGCUUCGAACAAGAGAAAAAAAGGCUGGAUUUUCUCAGGAGCAGAAUGCAGGCAUGGCAGGAAAUGUUGGAACAAGAAUCACAGGAGCAGGACAGGCGACAAAUACAGCAGAAGGCUGCCAGAGUACUCCAGAGCAAAGACUGUUCACGCCAGAAGGUGGAAAAAGAAGGCCAAAAACUCUGUGACCUCCAGCAGUACCUCAGAGAACAGAAUCUUUUGAUGCUCCGGGCAUCACUGCUAGCGAAAGGGCGCUGCAGAGCAGGUAGGGUACCUGGUCUGAAUAAAAAGACUUUUUGUUCACCGUGAAUAAAUGAGCAGAAUGCUACAAAGACAAAUCAAUGGAUAAACCAACAGAUAACAAAAUGUGUAAGAAACCAAGGAAGCCAGUAGCGUGAUAGAAGAAGAGUUCCCCAUUCAGGCUAUAGGGACCCAGAGCCUGCAGUGCACCUUGCUCAUGACCCGAUUUUCUAAGCGCAUUACUGACUGUAACGAAGCAUGUGGUGUCAGCCGCUUCUGUGGACAAGCUACCGGCUUCUCCCCUCCCCUGAAAGGAAAGGGUAACGCACAGCGAGAGACUGUUUUCUGCAACAGGAGAGAAGAGGCUUUUCAAUGAGCGGAGGUUACGGGUGUCACAUCGGAAGUGCUGUUCCUCUUCCUCAUCAUCAGAGGUAU